AUGCUCCGACUCAAACUUCCUGAAUUCGACAAUGCUGAGGACGACAAUCCACUUUACACAGUGGUCUUUUCGAUCCUGCACUACAUCCGGUACCUCAUCCCGAUCCUCGCCAGCUUCUCCCCAUCUGCAGCUGCAAUCAUCGCCGGAGUCGGCCUCACGGCCCACGACCACCAAAUGCAAACAUGCAAACACCUCUUCAACGGUCUGUUCCUCCUAUUCAUAGGCAUGGUUGCGGGCUAUACGAAUUUCUGGCUUGUUGUCCAGGCGCAGGAAAUCGACGGCGAGUACGUCGAUCUUCUGUGGGGUUGCUUGGUUGGCGGCUCUAUCAGUCUGGUGAUUGUCGUUCUGCCUCUGGUGGUCGCUUUGGGAGAGUAUUUUGGUGAGUUGCAAGCGGGAAGUAGGGAGGUUUGGUAUGAGGAGGGGAGCUGGGAUGAGGGGACGGAGAGUGUGGGGAGUGCGUGGACGGGACGGACGCUUGUUGAUAGUGAGGGCGAUGAGAGAUCGUUACGGUCUCAAGAUGACCGGAGAUACUAUGGAGCUUGA